CGCAGCAUGUUCACUCGGUAACCACAAUGGCCAACCAAGAAACCAUCUUCACGCGCUUCGAGGAGCCCGUCAAGCCCGCUCCGCCCGCGGCCAGGCCAAUCGAGACGUUGAACACGGACAUUGCGCACAUCUACACGCACAUUCACCCUUUGCUCGUCAUCUCCGUCUACGCUCUCCAAUUCAAUGCCAUUGUCAACGACCCUGUGCCCGCGCUUCUCGGAGCGCUGGUACCUCUGAGUGCCCUUCAGAUCAUAUACUCUAUUAUCUGUUUGCCGGCCGCUGGGUCCGCGUCUGCGUCGAAAUCUGGCAAGGGCAAGAAGACUGCCUCGAAGGCCGAUGGGAGCAUCAGCAGCAAGGUCUCGACUGCUGUCAUCUCCCUUGUUCUCUCCACCAUGGCUGGCAUCCCCCUCCUCACGGCGCUACUGAUCCUCUUCGGUGCGCCUCUGACCACCCACCUCUUCCACACGCUUCUCUGUGCCGCGCAUAUCUCCUACCUCGCCGCUGUACCUACAAUCUACGCGUUCGGUGUCGAUGGUGCUAAGUGGAGGGAGCUUGUUGCGCUGAAGGUGCCGGUGGACGACGUCUUCGGAGCUGCUGUGGGUACGCUGAUUGGCGCCUGGGCGGGCGCCGUGCCCAUUCCGUUGGAUUGGGACCGUGAGUGGCAGAAGUGGCCGGUUACUAUUGUCUGCGGUGCGUACGCUGGCUUCACUGCUGGCAAGCUACUUGGAAGUGUGUUGUUGAGGGGCAAGACUUUUGCGUUCAACUAAAAUGCGCGCAUCAGUAUAUUAUUUAAAUAUAUAAAAAACGAUAAACAUGACAACUUUCAAUGAUUUUGGGCU